AUGCCCUCGUUUUUCAAAAAGCCCUCCUGGGCCAUCACGGGAACUGAGGCUACAGGAACCGAAUUCUACCGACGAUCUGAACAAACCUAUUCGGAUAUUGUUGCUGCCAAUCGAGAUGCACACAAACCGAAGCCUGGUUCUGAUUCCAUUGAAGCCGACGGUAGACGCCAUAAACGACUUCGUCUUUCGGAUGAAGGUUCCGCUCAAGAAUCGCUUCCUGCACUCCAUGGUGAGGAACACGAAUCAGAAAGUCCGGGCACGCCUAGAAAAUCAGCGGCAAAUUUUGACAAGCGUGGCAGGCCACUGGAGAAGACUGGACUUGACCAAGAUGAUAAACCGCUGGAGACGAAUGUCACACGUGUAUCGGGCCCCUAUUAUCUGGCCGAUAAUCCCGUUGAUACCGACCCAGGAGAUUCUCCAUUGCCCUCCACCCCUCACCCCGUGAUGCCCCAGACGCUCAAGCCAAUAAAUGACACCUACAAGUCCACCACAGGUAGUGUGCCAUGGGAACCCAGCUCCUCGUUUGCUUCUCCGCCUGAAAAACCAUCGGGACCCACGGCCGACGACCCGGUUGUUCAGAUUCUCAUCACGUCAGAAAUUGCGAAUUCAAAGCCAUUGCUUGUCCACCGGAAGAUGUCCCAAAGUCUCAGAGAUGUCCGCUUGGCAUGGUGCAAGCGCCAAAGCUUUGUGCCGGAAACACAGCCGUCUAUAUACUUGACCUGGAAAGGGCGGCGUCUAUUCGAUGUGACAACCUGCCGAAGUUUGGGGAUUAAGACCAAGGGCAUGAUUGCUGAAUUGCCGGGCAUGGAUGAUGACACAAAUGUCGCCCAAGAGUUGCGUAUUCACAUGGAGGCAGUCUCCGAUAGUCCUAUCGCAGGCCGCCGACAGAGUCCUUCUCCCAGCACUGGAGGGAUAUCUCCGGCACCACACAAAACUGAGGAUGAGGAGCAAAACGAACCGAUGAAGCUUAUCCUGAGAAGUCCUGGGUUGAAUGACUUCAAAAUCAAAGCAAGACAGAAAACAAUGGUUUCCCGACUAAUAUCUGCGUUCCGAGACAAACAGGACAUUUCUCCCGACGAUCAUGUUUCCCUCGUGUUUGACGGGGACAAGUUGGAUCCUGAUACUUGCCUGGGGGAACAUGAUAUUACAGAUCUCGACCUGGUGGAUGUUCAGGUCACCAAGCGUACCUAG